UUUUAAGUCACGAUGGAAACAUCUCCCUCUUCUUCUCCCUACCUCUCGUUCCCUCCCUCGCGCCAUCACCACCACCACCACCAUCACACUUUCCCGUUGCCUUCCCCGCCCCCCGAUCGGCUCCCCAAGAAGAGGAGGAGGCCGCUGACCGUCGGAUGUGCAUCGAAGAGGGAGGCCGACGGCUGGGAUUCCGGGGGCGGGCUGGUGGACGAGAACAUGCUGGUCCUCCGGCGGCGCAUACACGAGAUGCGGAUGGCGGAGAAGGACCACUUGCCGCCGUCCGAUUGGAUGGAGUGGGAGAAGCGGUACUACGCGAGCUACGGCUCUGAUGUGUGCGAGGCGCUGGGCCUGCUUCAGACCUUUCUGAUGAACACUCGGCCGAGCUUGGCCGUCGGGAUGCUGGUACUCCUCGCGUUGAGUGUGCCCACUUCGGUCAUCUUGAUUUUGAUGCGUUUGGUGGAGGCAUCACCGUCGAUUCUAUCGGCAGUCCAUCUUAACUAAUUUGUUGUUUGAACUGGAUGAGUCUGUAGGGCUACUACGUUGAGUGAAUUGGGUGACGUCUCAAUAUGCUCUAAAUCAAUUCCUCUAUUUCUUUAGAUGAAGUUCUAGAUUUUUUAAUAUUGGUUUCACAUUAAUAAUUAAUUUUAUGAAAAAAUUUGAACAUUAAUGAUCUGGGUUCAAA